AUGCCUGCUGCUUUGCCCGAAACACCUCGGCGUCAUUCCAUCGGCACGCCCUUGAAAUCGCAACAGAGGGACUUUGUUGUGCCUUUGAAUGACGAUGCGAAGGAAAAAAGCCAACGUAGAAAAUCAUUAGUAGAAUCUGUACGAAGAAAAUCUUUACUACUAGGCUCUCCUACCGUAGCCUCAGGGUCAGGAGGUCAGAACAUCACACCUCAACGAAAUGGAGCUAGGCAAAUAACUUUGGAGGUUGUUACUCCUAUACCAAAGAUACCGGUGGAACAAAUGUAUAAUAAUUUCGAAGAAUGGAUGAAAAUGGCGACAGAUAAUAAAAUAAAUGCCAACAAUAGUUGGAAAUUGGCCUUAAUCGAUUAUUUUCAUGAAAUGAGUUUACUGAAAGAAGGCGACUCGAUAAACUUCCAAAAAGCUUCUUGCACUUUGGACGGAUGCGUCAAAAUAUAUACAUCACGCGUGGAUUCAGUCGCCACCGAAACGGGGAAACUUCUGAGCGGUUUAGCAGACAGCACCAAGAAUGAUAAUGAUCAACUCUCGGAAAAUGAAGACGAAGGAGAAGGGGCUGACCCGGAACGGCGGCAUCGCAAAAAGACAACAAGGAGCGAAGCAACCUUAGUCAAAGAUUAUUCUCAAUUGACCGUAAAAAAGUUUGACCUAGAGUUUUCGGUUGAUCCGCUCUUCAAAAAGACCUCAGCCGAUUUUGAUGAAGGUGGAGCCCAAGGGUUGCUGCUGAAUCAUUUAUCAAUUGAUGCGGACGGUAAGAUUAUAUUUGAUGCAAGCGAUGCUGUCUUAGAAGAUUCCAACGAAGAAGAUUCAAAUGCAAUGGAUGAAGACAUAGCAGAACAGACCAUGGACUUAUCAAAACUUCGUUCUAAAUUUUAUUAUAGCCUCUCACGUAUAUUCACCAAGGACAUUUGCCCGUCAUUAAAAAAUUUUGCAUUUUUUGGGGAAAACAAUAUCGAUCUUGGAUUCUUGGUACACCGAGGAUCAGAUGACGAGGAUGAAAACGAUAGAUUUAGUCAGGGGGAAUCAAACAAUUUUUUCUUAAACACCGACGGGGAAGGUGGAGAUUUUCCCGAUUUCUUUGACAACGAUAAUUUCUUGGAUGAUGAUGGAGUAAAUGAGGAAGGCAUAUCUGGAGUAUUUGAGAAUGAGGACGUGGACCAAAGAAGGCUAUUGACGGAAAACGAUUUUGUCGUGGCCAUGGCGAACAAUGAAAAUGACAUGUUUUCGUACUUUGAUUCUGCGUUUCUACGCAAUUGGGCUGGUCCAGAACAUUGGAAACUAAAGCGUGUUGCCAAAGAUACACAAGCGGAGACAAAUUCUAAUUCCGAGACAAGGGAAAGAAAAAAAAAAGAAGUAUUUUCCAUCGACUUUAUCGGAUCCGAAGAUGUGAACGAGUCGACCAUUUUUGCAUCCGGCGGAAAUAGUCUCAUACUGCCCAAAUUGGCCGAACACGUUUCACACGGCUAUCGACUUCCUGACGAUAUACACUUUUCAUCUAAGCAAUUGCUUCAUCUGUUCUUAAAACCAGAUUACAUGUUGAAGGUAAGACGUCGAUAUGAGCAACUCGUUGAAAGCGACGAUGUAGAAGUAAACGAGGAAUUUUGGGCCGAUGGGAAUAAUAAUGAACAAGAAGAAAAUACCUCUUUUCCGGACAUGACUAUGGUGACAACUGGAGACACCUUUUUCCAAGAUGAUGAUGGAUUUGACGACGAAGUAAUUGACGAAAGAGAGUUUGGAGAUAAUUUAGUGUCUCAAGCAAGACGAACUAAACCCGAGUACAUAAAGUUUGCUAGAACUGCAAAAAGGAUUGACGUUAAGAAACUGAAAGAUAACAUAUGGAGAACAUUGGCCGUUAAUUCACAAGAAAAUGGAAGAAGAUCGUCAAUGGGCAAUACUCGGCUAUCUUUUAACAAUGAUCAGGUUGAAGGUCUAUCAACCACGCAGGAACAAGUUAGAGAGCAAAAGUUUACCGACGUCAUAAAAAAUCUGACAAAAAUUUACCCUGAAAAAAAGAUGAAAGAUAUUUCAGUACCAUUCUGUUUUAUAUGUCUACUACAUUUGGCCAAUGAGAAGAAUUUAAGUAUAUCGGCAAAUAAGCAAUUGACAGAAUUAGAAAUUAAAAAAGUUGAGUAG